AUUGCGGCAAAAGGUGUAGGUGGAGGGCAGUUCAGAUUGUGUGAUCGUAGAAAACCAUCUAAAAAAGAAGAAAAAAGUUAAAAAAAAAAGAACAUAAAUUAAAAGCAGUAAUCAACUCUUGCAAAACAUCAAACGGAUGAUUCAUUAAACAUCAAUUUCAGGCAGAUUAAGGUCAUGUCGCCAACAGGGUGGAUUCUUUUAGUAAUAGUGGGUUUUGUGACAGCCCUUAAUCCUGUGCCUCAUCGCACUAACGAAGAAUCUUUAAGAGGUGCUUUAAAUGCACUCACGAGAAAACAACGUUCUCUAGAUUACAAUUCACGUGAAUUUUACAAUGUACCUUCAUUUAAAUAUCGAGGCGACGAGAGAAAAUUCGAUAGACAACAACAUGAGGACAAUGACUUUGAUGAGGAUGAGGAGGAAUUAGAAUUUUUACCUCUCGAAAAUGGUCAAAUCGAGUCAAUGGGUGAUGGAUAUCGUAAUUUGAAUGAAAAAAUUUUGGAGAGAGCUCUUGAAGACUAUGUGAAAACGGAAGCAGCUCAAGAGGAAGCCGUACCUUCCCUCUUUCGAGAAAGAGAACGAAGCGCCAGCAUCAAAAGGGGAAUCAGAAAUGAUCAACCAACUGCUGAUGACGAAUUGGCGAGACUAUUUUUAGACGAAUUGGAGUAUGGACCUUAUAGCCAAGAUGAAAAUGAAUAUAAUACUCUUCGAAUGUUACACCGACCCCAACAGGAUAAUCAAUAUUACGGAAAUGAUGGCCUCAUUUCUUGGAGCGAUCUUUUGGAAAAGAAGCCCUUACACGAAAGAUUCCACGACGAAAGUGAACUCGUUGAAUUACCAGAAAGAGACUCGGACUUCUAUUUAAUGCCAAUGGAGAGAAGAAAUGUCAAUGCUCGCUAUCCAAUUGGUCGCGAUUUCCGGAAUUAUCGCGAAAUGUCCAAGAGAUUUCCACUCGCAGUUGCUAAGAGAAGCGCCAAAGCUGUGAACCAAAUGAAACAAGUUACAGACCCGAAGGUCGCUCACGAUUUGGGUAUUUUAUUCGGCACGCAAUCAACAACUGAGAACAAGAAUCACACACACGAACAUGCUAAUCAUGAUCAUAAUCAGGAGGAAAAUAAUAAACUUCACCAGCAGGGAAAAUCGGAGAUGACGGGAAAAAAUCAAGAGACAACGUCAGUGGCGUCAAUCGUUAAUUCUCAUCAGAAAGGACAACAGGAGAAUAUCACGAAAAUCAAUCAGUCCAAAGAGCGACCGAUCGAAGUGAAGAAGAAAAGUGUCAAUUGGUCCGAUUAUUUUGGAAUCGAUAAAAGAAAGAAGAAAUCCACUUUCAUGCCCAAGCCUGGUUCUCAAAAUCAGGACGACGAAUGGUUUUUGGAACGAUAUUACAAGACAAUGGCUGACAAUUUAAAAUCAGAGAACGAAAAUGAAAUUGACGACGAGAGGAAGGACAAAUUACAGCAAAUGGAGUCGAGAUUGAGACACCUCAAGGAUUUGAUAAUACAAGAAGCUAAAAGUGCUGAAGGAUCUGAUGAGGAAGUGAGAAAACAAGUACUAUCACGAUUGGCGGCUGCUUAUUCUCUUGAUAAAAUGAGAAAAGCUUUGAUCGAAUUCAGAGACGCUGUUGCACAGAGAGAGGGUCAAAAAUUAAUUCAAGAUCAGACGACCAGUCCACCGGAGGAUGAUGCCUCUCAUGAAAAAGUCGAUAAGAAACGACGACCAAUACUUGGCGAAAACGAAGAAGGUUUCGAUGAAGGAAAUACGUGUCCGGAAUUGGAUGUAAUUGACAAAUACUGCAGAAUGACUGGUCUCAUGUCCCACGAUCUCAGAAAUCUCUUCCACGACACUUGCGUUUCAACUUUAAUCUGCCGCUCUUGUGGAGGGCAGGAUUGCCUCAAUAAAUUUGCAUUCGAGGUGGAGAAAACUUGCGAAACGUUGGAAAUUUCACAAAAUAUCUGGUCCAAGGAACAAUGUCUCGAGGCAGCGAGAUCAUUGCCCAUAAAUCCUCCUGCAACUCUAGUAGCACUUUGCCAUUCCGAGGGAAAAGAUUCAUGCCUAAUUCGAAAUUAUUACAAUCACAAUAAUCGUCAAAGAAAUCCAUAUUCACAUGAAAAUCAUCGUUUUGGAUAUGAUAACGUUAUUUCUCUGCAACGAUAAGAAAAGAAAAUUAACCAAAAAAUCCCCCAUCGUACGACUCAUAUCAAAACUCUUCCCUCUCGAUUCAAAUAAUUUGUAAGUAGAUUGAAGAGUUCAGAGACGUCAAAAAUCAUCAAGAAAAAAAAACAAAGAAA